GUACUCCUGCCCUCGUCAGAAGAACUGUUUGAUUGACAGGACCAGCAGGAACCGCUGCCAACACUGUAGACUGCAGAAAUGCCUGACCGUAGGCAUGUCACGGGACGCGGUGAAGUUUGGCCGUAUGUCCAAGAAGCAGAGAGACAGCCUGUAUGCUGAGAUACAGAAGCACCGUCUCCAGCAGGCCCAGCAGCUGCAGAGAGACCACCAUCCCCAGAACCCAGGGGAGGUCGAGCCUCUCUCUCCCCACUACGGCCUCACCGACCUCCACGAAGACCUGGGAGGGUACAUGGAGGAACACAGCCCCGAGGGGGGUAACGACCCAGCCUCCAAGGGGGGCUCUGACUCGGGAGGAGCGGGGGGGUUCUACCUGGACAUUCGGCCGUCUCCUGAUCAGUCUGGUCUGGAUAUUAACGGUAUAAAACCGGAGCCUCUGUGUGAUUAUGGUUCCAACCAGGGUUUCUUCCCCUACUGUUUCUUCACCAACGGAGAGACGUCUCCCACAGUAUCUAUGGCUGAGCUAGAACACCUGGGCCAGAACAUCUCCAAGUCCCACCAGGAGACGUGUCAGUACCUGAGGGAGGAGCUACAGAGCAUGACCUGGCAGGCCUUCCUCCAGGAGGAGAUAGAGACUUACCAGACGAAGCCGGAGGAGGUGAUGUGGCAGCUGUGUGCCAUCAAGAUAACGGAGGCCAUCCAGUACGUGGUGGAGUUCGCCAAACGCAUUGACGGCUUCAUGGAGCUCUGUCAGAACGACCAGAUAGUGCUGCUCAAAGCAGGGUCUCUUGAGGUGGUGUUCAUCAGAAUGUGUCGUGCCUUUGACUCUCAGAACAGCACCGUCUACUUUGACGGGAAGUACGCCGGGACCGACGUCUUCAAAGCAUUAGGUUGUGACGAUCUGAUUCGUCUAGUCUUUGAGUUUGGGAAGAGUAUGUCUGUCAUCCAUCUCUCUGAGGAGGAGAUCGCUCUGUUCUCAGCGUACGUCCUGAUGUCUGCAGAUCGGACGUGGCUUCAGGAGAAGGUGAAGGUAGAGAAGCUGCAACAGAAGAUCCAGCUGGCUCUCCAACAUGUCCUCCAGAAGAAUGGCAGAGAGGACGUGGUCCUCACUAAGUUGAUAUGCAAAGUGUCGACCCUGCGGGCGUUAGUCAGCCGGCAUACAGAGAAGCUGACGGCCUUCAAAGCAACCUACCCAGACAUUGUCCAAGCCCACUUCCCUCCACUAUACAAGGAGCUGUUUGACUCAGACUUUGAACAGGGCUCCGUGUCCAUAGACGGCUAGCCAAGGACCCGUCGCUAUACUACCGUACUGUAUCUGCCCUGUACUGUAGUUUACUUUCAUGGAGCCAGUGUUGCUCUUCUGGAGACAGAGAGACACGUUGAAUGAGAGACACUCAGACAGUGUCUUGGUCCUGUCCCUGACCUGCUCUUACCCUGGACAGACAGGUGACAUGUCUCUGUUCAUGAGACAGAGAGACACGUUGAAUGAGAGACACUCAGACAGUUGGUCCUGUCCCUGACGUGCUCUUACCCUGGACAGACAGGUGACAUGUCUCUGUCCAUGGUCGUCUGUCUUCUCCUCCUGGAUGAUGAGUUGGUUGGGAUGUUUCUGGGAGGAAAAAAAACAUUCAAGCACUUAGAAAAUCAACAGCCUUUCCUUCUCACAACAACAAACCUAUUGGGACACGGGGAGCGGAUUUAGCCACAACACUUACCUGGGGACAACGGUGUGAUGGAGAGCGGAUUUAGCCACAACACUUACCUGGGGACAACGGUGUGAUGGAGAAGUGGUGUAGAGUACUGCACCCCUUCAGUAACCAUCACCUUCAAAGCCAUCUGCUAUUAAACCUUCACAACAGGAAGAGGAAGUCACCACCACCACAACAACAGGGUUAUGUUCCAAAGGGCACCCUAUUCCCUACGCAGUGCACUACUUGUAAUAAGGGGAUCUGGUUAAAAGUAGUGCCCUAUAUAGGGAAUAGGGUGCCUUUUGGGACACAGAUCACGGUGUCCAUUCCACCUCUUUCCAAUGUCCUACAGGGUGUUACCAUGCUGAUAAUUAGUACAUUCCAUAGUGAGAAAUGAAUCAAUGUUUUAUAAUUUUAUUUGUGUUAUAGCUUGUAUCUCUCCCAUUUGUUCCAAUUGACGAGACACUUUUACUGACACCUGUCUCUGAGUUAAUGAAUGAAUAGGGUAUUGUCCACACCUGUCUCUGAGUUAAUGAAUGAAUAGGGUAUUGUCCACACCUGUCUCUGAGUUAAUGAAUGAAUAGGGUAUUGUCCACACCUGUCUCUGAGUUAAUGAAUGAAUAGGAUAUUGUCCACACCUGUCUCUGAGUUAAUGAAUGAAUAGGGUAUUGUCCACACCUGUCUCUGAGUUAAUGAAUGAAUAGGGUAUUGUCCACACCUGUCUCUGAGUUAAUGAAUGAAUAGGGUAUUGUCCACACCUGUCUCUGAGUUAAUGAAUGAAUAGGGUAUUGUCCACACCUGUCUCUGAGUUAAUGAAUGAAUAGGGUAUUGUCCACACCUGUCUCUGAGUUAAUGAAUGAAUAGGGUAUUGUCCACACCUGUCUCUUAGUUAAUGAAUGAAUAGGGUAUUGUCCACACCUGUCUCUGAGUUAAUGAAUGAAUAGGGAAUUGUCCACACCUGUCUCUGAGUUAAUGAAUGAAUAGGGUAUUGUCCACACCUGUCUCUGAGUUAAUGAAUGACUAGGGUAUUGUCCACACCUGUCUCUGAGUUAAUGAAUGAAUAGGGUAUUGUCCACACCUGUCUCUGAGUUAAUGAAUGAAUAGGGUAUUGUCCACACCUGUCUCUGAGUUAAUGAAUGAAUAGGGUAUUGUCCACACCUGUCUCUGAGUUAAUGAAUGAAUAGGGUAUUGUCCACACCUGUCUCUGAGUUAAUGAAUGACUAGGGUAUUGUCCACGCCUGUCUCUGAGUUAAUGAAUGAAUAGGGUAUUGUCCACACCUGUCUCUGAGUUAAUGCAAUACUGGAGAUAUGAUCCAUUAAUAAGCAAUAGUCCAUUUCCACCAUCACAAUCUUCUAUCAAAACAUGUCACUUCCUUAUUGUCACAUGAUAGCACUAUGUUUAUCUACUCUUCUGGAAUCAUCUGCAUUUCCCGUGAUUUGAUUGGUCUACCUCCCGUGAUGGUGACCAAUGCCCUCCCACCGUUCUACCUUGGCCACUGUACUGUGGUGAAACAGGAAGUUAGUUGUCUAGUUAGCGUGGGUCUUUGUAUGGACUGUAGAGAGGGGCUACACCACAGUAGAUAGAUGCCAGGUCUGAGGGACACCCUGAAACACAGUUUAUGGAGCUCAGCUCAGCCCUGUUAGUCCUCUGUUGGGGCGAGGAGCACAAUUUGUCAUGGAGACACACACGCGUGUGCGUGUGUUGUUCAUGACAGACACCACACCACUGAAGCCAUGAAUAGACCAGAUCCCCUGUUGUUUCUCUCCGACCUGUGUUGUUAAGACCAGGCCGUGUGCCAGGUGUUAUGCACAGCGAGGGGCAAGGCUCUGAUGUAACACACAGCCCAGCGAGGGGCAAGGCUCUGAUGUAACACACAGCCCAGCGAGGGGCAAGGCUCUGAUGUAACACACAGCCCAGCGAGGGGCAAGGCUCUGAUGUAACACACAGCCCAGCGAGGGGCAAGGCUCUGAUGUAACACACGGCCCAGCGAGGGGCAAGGCUCUGAUGUAACACACGGCCCAGCGAGGGGCAAGGCUCUGAUGUAACACACAGCCCAGCGAGGGGCAAGGCUCUGAUGUAACACACAGCCCAGCGAGGGGCAAGGCUCUGAUGUAACACACAGCCCAGCGAGGGGCAAGGCUCUGAUGUAACACACAGCCCAGCGAGGGGCAAGGCUCUGAUGUAACACACAGCCCAGCGAGGGGCAAGGCUCUGAUGUAACACACAGCCCAGCGAGGGGCAAGGCUCUGAUGUAACACACAGCCCAGCGAGGGGCAAGGCUCUCAUGUAGCACACGGCCCAGCGAGGGGCAAGGCUCUGAUGUAACACACAGCCCAGCGAGGGGCAAGGCUCUGAUGUAACACACGGCCCAGCGAGGGGCAAGGCUCUGAUGUAACACACGGCCCAGCGAGGGGCAAGGCUCUGAUGUAACACACGGCCCAGCGAGGGGCAAGGCUCUGAUGUAACACACAGCCCAGCGAGGGGCAAGGCUCUGAUGUAACACACAGCCCAGCGAGGGGCAAGGCUCUGAUGUAACACACAGCCCAGCGAGGGGCAAGGCUCUGAUGUAACACACAGCCCAGCGAGGGGCAAGGCUCUGAUGUAACACACAGCCCAGCGAGGGGCAAGGCUCUGAUGUAACACACGGCCCAGCGAGGGGCAAGGCUCUGAUGUAACACACAGCCCAGCGAGGGGCAAGGCUCUGAUGUAACACACAGCCCAGCGAGGGGCAAGGCUCUGAUGUAACACACAGCCCAGUGUCUCAAAAAAAAUCUCUCACUUCUUCUAUUAAUUUCUUAAGGAUCCGACACUUAAAAACAAAAAUCGCCUAAAAUGACGUAGCCAAAUCUAACUUCCUGUCGCUCAGGACCUGAAGCAAGGACAUGCAUAUUCUUGAUACCAUUUGAAAGGAAACACUUUGAAGUCUCAAAAAAAGCUGUCUCCCUUUUCUUUUAAGAGCACCGUGAGUUGUGACACGGGCCGUUAAAGAUGGCAACUGAGAUUUAAUAACAGCACCUGAUUAAAAGGUGUUUUUAUUGUUAGGGAAUGGGGGUGCUAGUUGGUCCCGCCAUGAAAGAGACUGUCAACGUUCAGAUUGAACCCUUAACUAGAGCCGUGAAAAUAGAUUAAACUGGUUCAAUUUCAUGGCUAUCUAGUAGCGCCAUCUAUUGACUAGAGAAAGUAUAGCACCAAGUAAUGUCUACUGUAACGGUUGUGUCUGUCAGAAACCAAAUUCCAUCCUUCCUUGGUUUUUGUUACCGAUUUGUCUUAAUCUUACCAGUAUGUCUGGAGGGGUAGAAGAUGGUGGUCCUUAUCACUUCCUCACCUAAACGGAGUUUAUUUCAAUCAAUGAAGAGAGAUAAUUUGAGGAAGUGAAUCAAGUCUUGCAAUUUAGAAAAAGAUAAUCAAGGCUUGUCAUUUAGAAAAAGAUAAUCAAGUCUUGUCAUUUAGAUAAAGAUAAUCAAGUCUUGUCAUUUAGAUAUAGCCUCAGCUAGAGACAGAGACGGGUUACUGAAGAAAGACAGUAGCGUUCAUCAGAUUAAAUGUGUUUUUUUGUUUGUUGCACAUCUCCUGGUAGAAAUUGUGAUCAAAUCCUGUUCUAUGUGCCAUUAAUAGAGGCUUUCAUCAUGUGGUCUUGUCCAACACAGUGAUAAGAGUUGUGUGUCUCGCUGGCUUGUUUUUUAACAUGAUCCUCAACCCUUCUGCAAUAAUACAGUACUUGAUAUACAAGUCCUUUACUUCUGUCCUUCAGGGAAGAUUCACACUCUUUCACUUCUGAAUCCCCCCCCCCCCCUCUUUUCUAUCGCUUUAAACAAAUCAUCCAUUCUGGUUCCGGAAUGGAAUGUCAGUUUUAAAUAAAUCAUCCAUUCUGGUUCUGGAAUGGAAUGUCAGUUUUAAAUAAAUCAUCCAUUCUGGUUCCGGAAUGGAAUGUCAGUUUUAAAUAAAUCAUCCAUUCUGGUUCCGGAAUGGAAUGUCAGUUUUAAAUAAAUCAUCCAUUCUGGUUCCGGAAUGGAAUGUCAGUUUUAAAUAAAUCAUCCAUUCUGGUUCUGGAAUGGAAUGUCAGUUUUAAACAAAUCAUCCAUUCUGGUUCUGGAAUGGAAUGUCAGUUUUAAACAAAUCAUCCAUUCUGGUUCUGGAAUGGAAUGUCAGUUUUAAACAAAUCAUCCAUUCUGGUUCUGGAAUGGAAUGUCAGUUUUAAACAAAUCAUCCAUUUUGGUUCUGGAAUGGAAUGUCAGUUUUUAAAUAAAUCAUCCAUUCUGGUUCUGGAAUGGAAUGUCAGUUGAGUCCAUCAGUAUAUUCGGUAGCACUUAUUUGUAAAAUGGCAGAAACUCUCAGUUGAAAUCAUACAGCUUCUUACUUGUAACGUUUUAUCUUUAAUUGAAAUCUACAGGACAGGCUAUACGUCAUCAGAAGCCAUGCUGGCACUGUCUCACCCACCUGGUUCCUACUGGCUAUGAUGACGUAUUGAUGAACACUCAGGGACAAUAGGAACUACAUUAUUAGAGGAUAGGCCCUAAAAGCAUGAUUAGCUUAAAUAAAUCAUGAUCUAUAUACUCUGUAUGAAGAAAAUACAUUGUUGUUGUUUUAGUAGAAAGCUAUUUUUUGUUGCUUUAGGGCUCAGAUUGAAUCUGUACCGUAUGAAGAUCCACACUAUACCAGGAUUUACAAUUAAAGGCAAUGUUCCUGCGUUUCUGUCGGAGACUCCAUUCACCGUAAAUGCCGCGUAUGUCGACUCAAUCCACAAAACACCUUUUUAAAUGUCAGUGCCACUAUGACGAGGAUCUUCAGCGCUACGGGUUGAAUCCAUCUCUUCAGUUGGUUCGUUAAAGUGGCCCCCUCUUAAACAUUUACCACCGUUGUGUUUACACCUACUGUGUGUGUGUGUGUGUGUGUGUGUGUGUGUGUUUGUUUGCGCAUCUAUGUGGCUACAUAAUAUUGUUGUCUUAGACACCCCAGGUUUCAUUAGUAAAGGAUACCGUGGUUAGUUGGAGAGGUUUUAUUAGUGAAGGAUAUUGUGGUUAGUUGGAGAGGUUUUAUUAGUGAAGGAUAUUGUGGUUAGUUGGAGAGGUUUUAUUAGUAAAGGAUACCGUGGUUAGUUGGAGAGGUUUAUUAGUGAAGGAUAUCGUGGUCAGUUGGAGAGGUUUAUUAGUGAAGGAUAUCGUGGUUAGUUGGAGAGGUUUAUUAGUGAAGGAUAUCGUGGUUAGUUGGAGAGGUUUUAUUAGUGAAGGAUAUCGUGGUUAGUUGGAGAGGUUUUAUUAGUGAAGGAUAUCGUGGUUAGUUGGAGAGGUUUAUUAGUGAAGGAUAUCGUGGUUAGUUGGAGAGGUUUUAUUAGUGAAGGAUAUCGUGGUUAGUUGGAGAGGUUUAUUAGUGAAGGAUAUCGUGGUCAGUUGGAGAGGUUUAUUAGUGAAGGAUAUCGUGGUUAGUUGGAGAGGUUUUAUUAGUGAAGGAUAUCGUGGUUAGUUGGAGAGGUUUAUUAGUGAAGGAUAUCGUGGUCAGUUGGAGAGGUUUAUUAGUGAAGGAUAUCGUGGUUAGUUGGAGAGGUUUUAUUAGUGAAGGAUAUCGUGGUUAGUUGGAGAGGUUUUAUUAGUGAAGGAUACCGUGGUUAGUAGGAGAGGUUUUAUUAGUGAAGGAUAUCGUGGUUAGUUGGAGAGGUUUUAUUAGUGAAGGAUAUCGUGGUUAGUUGGAGAGGUUUCAUUAGUAAAGAAUACCGGGUUAGUUGGAGAGGUUUAUUAGUGAAGGAUACCGUGGUUAGUUGGAGAGAUUUAUUAGUGAAGGAUACCGUGGUUAGUUGGAGAGGUUUAUUAGUGAAGGAUACCGUGGUUAGUUGGAGAGGUUUUAUUAGUGAAGGAUAUUGUGGUCAACUAGAGAGGUUUAUUAGUGAAGGAUACCGUGGUUAGUUGGAGAGGUUUAUUAGUGAAGGAUAUCGUGGUCAACUAGAGAGGUUUAUUAGUGAAGGAUACCGUGGUUAGUUGGAGAGGUUUUAUUAGUGAAGGAUAUCGUGGUUAGUUGGAGAGGUUUUAUUAGUGAAGGAUAUCGUGGUCAACUAGAGAGGUUUAUUAGUGAAGGAUACCGUGGUUAGUUGGAGAGGUUUAUUAGUGAAGGAUAUCGUGGUUAGUUGGAGAGGUUUAUUAGUGAAGGAUAUUGUGGUUAGUUGGAGAGGUUUUAUUAGUGAAGGAUAUCGUGGUUAGUUGGAGAGGUUUUAUUAGUGAAGGAUAUCGUGGUUAGUUGGAGAGGUUUAUUAGUGAAGGAUACCGUGGUUAGUUGGAGAGGUUUUAUUAGUGAAGGAUAUUGUGGUUAGUUGGAGAGGUUUAUUAGUGAAGGAUAUCGUGGUUAGUUGGAGAGGUUUUAUUAGUGAAGGAUAUCGUGGUUAGUUGGAGAGGUUUAUUAGUGAAGGAUAUCGUGGUUAGUUGGAGAGGUUUUAUUAGUGAAGGAUAUCGUGGUUAGUUGGAGAGGUUUAUUAGUGAAGGAUAUCGUGGUUAGUUGGAGAGGUUUUAUUAGUGAAGGAUAUCGUGGUUAGUUGGAGAGGUUUUAUUAGUGAAGGAUACCGUGGUUAGUUGGAGAGGUUUUAUUAGUGAAGGAUAUUGUGGUUAGUUGGAGAGGUUUUAUUAGUGAAGGAUAUCGUGGUUAGCUGGAGAGGUUUUAUUAGUGAAGGAUACCGUGGUUAGUUGGAGAGGUUUUAUUAGUGAAGGAUAUUGUGGUUAGUUGGAGAGGUUUAUUAGUGAAGGAUACCGUGGUUAGUUGGAGAGGUUUUAUUAGUGAAGGAUAUCGUGGUUAGUUGGAGAGGGUUUAUUAGUGAAGGAUAUCGUGGUUAGUUGGAGAGGUUUUAUUAGUGAAGGAUAUCGUGGUCAACUAGAGAGGUUUUUCGGUAUUAUCCUCCCUCGUGUUCUUCUCCUUUCUGUCAUUUUUCCCACUCAGUCCAUCUCACCACGUCUCCAGGAUGACAGUAGACUCUCCAAGUGACUGUAGUGAAACUGCAUUUCUCAGAAGUAAAGAAAGUAUCUUCAGCCAUAACCGAAUGUCAAGCAAUAAUGAUAUCAAUGUUGUAUUUUUUUUAUCUUCUGAAUAGUCUUAAAUAUUGCAUGUCGAUAAAUUCUAAUUGUUCACACUUGACUUUUUGUUUUUUUCAGUUCUCUUCUAUAUUCUGAAUUCUGUGUUUUAUCGUCACGUUCACGUAUGACUAGUUUCUGUUCUCUACUACUCUAUUUAAUCUCACCGUAUGGAAUUACCUAUAGACAGACCAAGUGAGAUAAGUAGAAUGUGGGAUUAUUUUAGUUGUUCUUCAGACGUGUGAUGCUAGGUUCCUUCAGUGAGCAGAACCUUGGGUUCUAGACCGUUCUAGACUAAGCCACCUUGUUGGUUCCAUAGAGGUCCAAUGGGUUCUAGAUGUUAAGACUAAGUGGUUAUUAUUCCCAGCUGGUGCCUGUAUCAGUGUGCCAGCCUUGGGGGGGGGGGGGGGGGGCUAUAUUUAUUUGAUUUGUAAAUGUCACGUUGUUAGGGGAUGAACCUGUUUUAUACAGAGUACUGAACCACGGCCCUUUAACUUAAAAAAACAAAAAGUGUUUGUUGAAAUUAUUAUUUUUUAUUUAAACCUGUGUAAAGACGUGAUUGUGAAAGCCAUUUGGUUGGAGCUGAAGUACUGGACUGACUGUGUCUAUAACUCAUCAGAUCUGACCAACAUGGCUGGUUACUGGACUGACUGUGUCUAUAACUCAUCAGAUCUGACCAACAUGGCUGGUUUAUAUCAAUCACAAUGACAUGUCAGGAAUAUAGGAACUCUAUUGUCUCAUAGAAAGAGCAUCACAAGAUGAGUCUCAUUGCUCAAAAAAAUAAUUAUCAGGAAAAUAAGUAUUGAGCUGUUACAUGAUGAGUGAUGCACUUCCUGUUCUACAGCCUCUACAGUAUGUAGUGGAAUGUGAGCUUUGAAAACGGUUCAUUAAAUGCAGUGCUGCUAUUGAGUCUGGAGAGGCCAUAGUGUCCUAUACAACAACAAAAAAAAAACAGAUUUUAUAACCAUUCAGUCUGAAUACUCAAUUACUAUCUUCAGAAUACUGCAAUGACAUCAAAUCAGAUCACUCUGGCUGUUCAUAUUUAUUUAAUGACUGUGUUGGCUAGCCAGGGCUGUAUGAUUUAAAAUAAUAGACAAUCUAUUUCAAUGUUUUGUUGUUUUUUUUAGUCUAAAGUGGAUGACAUGUGUGUCUUUAGUUCCUUUACAAUAACGAGUCUUCAACGUGUUUGAUGGAGGAAGGAACAUAGAACACAAUCUUUGUUAAUUAAAUUAAAAAUGUUUAAACUGAAGGUCCGUGGGACGACGCACAAUUGGCAUAGCGUCGUCCGGGUUAGGGAGGGUUUGGCCGGUAGGGAUAUCCUUGUCUCAGUAUGUAAAAUGUAAUAAAAAUGUAUGCACUCUAGUGUAAGUCGCUCUGGAUAAGAGCGUCUGCUAAAUGACUAAAAUGUCAAAUGUAAACUGAAGAACCAGCUACAGUACAGUGAAAGGAUGUUUUAUGUUUGGAUGGUAUUAUUAUACUACUGAUCUUUAAGAUAAUGACAUACGGAUUUUUUUUGUUUUUUUAAUCCAACUCUUUUAUUAAACUCUCUUCAGUUGUCUUCACAAACAGCAACCUCGUUUCUUUGUCUGAGUCAUGAAUAUAUAUUGUAAGUAUUUUUUGGAAUCUUUUUUUUUUUUUUUUUUUUUGUAAAUACAAAACUGUAAAAUGAAAAAUAAUACAUGUAAAGUUGUCUUUUUUAAAUACUUUUCAUUCUAAUAUGAUGAAUAUUGUUAUAUUGCACUUAAGAAAACAAACCUGUACCUUUUUAAUAUUGUGACCUUUUAUUAAAAGUGCAUUGGACACAUCAGUUCUCGGGGUGUGUAAUGUGUGGUUGUCCCAGAAUUAAAAUGGCAGCUUUGAGAGAAGCUAGCAAUCA